AUGGAAGGCAAGGAAGAAGCUGAAGGGAAUGAAGACAAUUCACCAUCACCCUCUUGGAAAUUGAACAAUCUUUCUGAGGAGGAAAAGGAGGAUGUCAAAGACAAAGUGGAUGGAGAGGCACAAAAAUCCGAGCAGUCAGGGAGCUCGGGUUGUUCAAGGCUUCCGCCGUUGGGGCAUAGGCGCAGUCAGAGUGAAGUUGUAGCUACUGGACACCGGCGUGACAAUUGUUUCCUGAGAUUGAAAACUUAUGCGCAAAAAGCUUUGCGAGUGGGUGGCAAUUCAAAGGACGGAAAGUACCACUCAAGCUUCAAUCCCGAGGUUAUAGCAAACCAGAAACGCCAGUGGUAUCAACUCCACUCCAAAACUGUGGAAAAGCUUAAAUAUGAGCUGCCCACUUCAAUCUUUGAGCACUUCAUUAUUGCUGGAAUUCAUCCAGAUACUGAUCUUGGGUCUGUGGAGGAAACCUUUGUUAAGAGGAAGAAGUGGGAAGCAGAUAUGAAAAGAUCUGGAAUGAUAGAUCUUAAAAUGCUACAGACUCAUGGACCUCCAGUUCCAAUAUUUGAACCCCAGAUACUUUUUAGAUACCCUCCUGGGAAGAGGUUAGCUAUGCGUUUGAAGGACUUAGCCACCUUUUGUUUUCCUGCAGGUGUUAAGGCACGAGUACUGGAAAGAACUCCAUCAUUUAGUGAGCUAAAUGAGCUUCUUUAUGGACAGGUGCAUUUGGGGAGAGAUGAUUUCGCGUUUAUUUUCUCUCUAAAGGUGGCAGGAAAUGAAACGGUUUAUGGUGUUUGCUUGCAUGUAUCAGAACUUGUAAAACGACAGCCUGGUAAUUUAGGUGGUCCAUCUCGUAUUUCUGAAAUUUCAGGAGCAAGCAGGCACUUUCUGGUUUCUGCACCUCGCUGUUAUUGUUUGCUAACUAGAGUGCCUUUCUUUGAGUUGCACUAUGAGAUGUUGAACAGUAUCAUUGCACAGGUGCGCCUAAAUCGAUUAACCGAAGUUGUUAGCGAAAUGAAUCCAUCUCUCGAUGAUAAUUCACCAACCGUCCUGAAACAAUAUGACCAAACAAACGAUAACACCAUCACUGACACUCCCUAUAGCAAGUAUUUUAAUGAUUGGAUGGCUUCUGCUAUGCCUGCUAACAGUAAAGUCAUUCUUGGUGACACUUCUGUCAAUGAUGAGGUUUCAUCUGCUUCAUUAAAGAUAGGUUCACCACUUUCAUCUGAAAGUGUAACAGCGAGUGAGGCUUCAGAAAGUGUCCUCUAUAUUGAUGACAAUGUAUCCGAAGCCUCGGAAAAUCGUAGCAAUGCUUCAGAAAGAAUAAGUGGCAACCACGAAAAUGGACAAUUUUUUUCUGAUAUUGGAUCAGUUGUCAGCUCGAGGAGUUGUCCUUCUUGUCAAUCGGUAUUCAGUCCAGCUAGAAGCCUGACACCAGAGGAUAAUAAUGAUGAGGAUGAUAACCUUUUCUGGAAUAAUGAAAGAGAAUAUGGAGAUGAUUUGAUAUUGGAAUGGGCAAAGGAGAACAAGAAUGAUCUUCUACAGAUAGUUUGUGGUUAUCAUGCUUUGGCUCUACCUCAACGAGGAAGUGAAAUCAUUUUUCAGCCUCUUGAGCAUUUACAAGCUAUUGAGUAUGUGAGACCUCCUCUUUCUGCCCUCAAGUUGGAUGAAAGCUAUUUUUAUUCAUUUGAAGCAGAUGAGAUUGAUGCAAAACUGGCAGCAGCUGAGGAAGCUCUCGCGCUUUCAGAAUGGACAACCGCAACGAUUUGCCGAGUUCUCUCUCUUGAUGGUAUUUUGGCAGUGGUCGCAGGAGUAUUACUGGAAAAACAGGUUGUAGUAGUUUGCCCAAAUCUGGGUGUUCUAUCAGCUGUCGUGUUAUCGCUUGUUCCUAUCAUUCGUCCGUUUGAAUGGCAGAGUUUAUUGCUUCCAGUACUGCCAAUGAGGAUGCUUGAUUUUCUUGAUGCACCUGUUCCAUUCCUUGUUGGCGUACAAGAUAAACCCGCUGAUUUGAAAAUGAAAUCAACUUCUAAUCUUGUUCAAGUUAACUUGCCCAAGAAACAGGUGAAAACGUGUUAUGUGCCCCAACUUCCUCAACGGAAAGCGCUUGUAUCAGAACUAGGGCCGAUACAUUCCAAACUCUCCUUUGAAGGUUCUAUUGCUAAGAAGCAUCCUACAUAUAGGUGCAAUGAAGCACAGGCCGAAGCCGCGACCCAGUUUUUGGCAGUCAUGAGGGAAUACCUGGAGUCCCUUUGUGAAAAUCUGAGGUCUCAUACAAUUACUAAUGUACAAUCAAACGAUGACAGGGUUUCCAUAUUACUUAAAGAUAGCUUCAUCGACUCUUUUCCAGUCGCUGAUCAGCCAUUUAUUAAGCUGUUUGUAGACACACAAUUGUUCACCGUUCUAUCAGACUCUCGUUUGUCAAGGUAUGAGAAUGAGCGUUAACUUAAACCCACACCAACAGGUAUGAUGAUGAAAUUUCCCAGAUGCAAAAACUCCAUCAGCUAUAAGAAGGAAAUCUAUAGCCUGAAAAGUGUUGAUAUCUGAA